AAAGUAAACAUUUCACCUCGCCAAACCCUAAUUUUCUCAAUUGCAGCGGCGGAGCAACCACACGAAACCCACCAUGGGAAGAAGGCCUGCAAGGUGUUAUCGCCAAAUCAAGAACAAGCCCUACCCAAAAUCACGGUUUUGUCGUGGUGUGCCUGAUCCUAAGAUCAGGAUCUAUGAUGUGGGUAUGAAGAGGAAGGGUGUGGAUGAAUUCCCAUUCUGCGUCCACCUGGUCAGUUGGGAGAAGGAGAAUGUGUCCAGUGAGGCUCUUGAAGCUGCCCGUAUUGCCUGCAACAAGUACAUGACCAAGUUUGCUGGAAAGGAUGCUUUCCACUUGAGGGUUAGGGUGCAUCCCUUCCAUGUGCUGCGUAUCAACAAGAUGUUGUCGUGCGCUGGAGCUGAUAGGCUCCAAACUGGUAUGAGGGGUGCUUUUGGCAAGCCUCAGGGUGUGUGUGCUCGUGUGGCCAUUGGGCAGGUUCUCCUUUCUGUCCGCUGCAAGGAUAACAACAGCCAGCACGCCCAAGAGGCGCUGCGUCGUGCCAAGUUCAAGUUCCCAGGCCGACAGAAGAUCAUUGUCAGCAGGAAGUGGGGCUUCACUAAAUUCAACCGCAGUGAUUACGUGAGGUGGAAAUCAGAGAACAGAAUUCAACCAGAUGGUGUCAAUGCCAAGCUGUUGGGUUGUCAUGGGAUAUUGGCUAACCGUAAGCCAGGAAGUGCGUUUUUGACAGCUGUUUAAGCUGCUUAUGAUAGAUAGCUAUCGAAAUAUUGUCAUGGGCUGAGACCUAGGCAUUGUGCUGACUUUGUGCUGACUUUGUUGUGUCUCGUUUGAGCUACUUUCAACUUCUUUUUUCAUAUAUCUUUCUUGAUUGCUCGUUUUGGAACUAUUAUCAGAUCAAUAUUUUGUUCUGAUUCUAUGAAGAGAAGAUUUGUGUUGA